CACACUGUUGUAGACCAUUAAACUAUGCAGUAUGGUGGACCGCAGUUAUGUAACACGAGCGUGCGGCUGCGCACAGCUACAGGGUAAAGCAGUUAACGGGGGGAGAUAAAUUGAGGUAGAGCUCUCAUCUCUCCGCAGGCAGUCAUGACAGAGCCAACCCAAAACAUAGAAUCAGCGUUCUGCCGAAACGGCAAGGAGACCCCGGAGCCCAUCAGAGCAGAAGUGACAGGCACCCUCCCAUCAUGGCUUCAGGGCACACUUCUGCGCAAUGGACCCGGCCUCUUCUCAGUCGGAGACACUUCCUACAACCACUGGUUUGAUGGAAUGUCCCUCAUUCACAGUUUCACCUUUAAGGAUGGUGAGGUGCACUACAGGAGCAAAUUCCUAAAGAGUGAAACGUACAAGAAGAACAUUGCUGCCAACAGGAUUGUGGUUACAGAAUUUGGGACCAUGGCCUACCCCGAUCCCUGCAAGAACAUAUUCUCAAAGGCCUUCACCUACCUACUUAAUACCAUCCCAAAUUUCACCGACAAUAAUCUUGUAAACAUUAUACGAUAUGGAGAAGAUUACUACGCGUCCUCGGAAAUAAACUUCAUCAACCAAAUUGAUCCAUCGACUCUUGAAACCGUAGCAAGAGUUAAUUACAGGAAUCACAUCGCCCUGAACUUGGCUACAGCACACCCUCACUAUGACGAGGAGGGAAACACCUAUAACAUAGGCACGUCGAUCAUGGCAAUGACCGGGCCCAAAUAUGUUAUCUUCAAGGUUCCAGCCAAUGCAACAGACAAAGAGAAGAAGCCUGUACUAAAGAAGCUGGAGCAGGUUUGCUCCAUUCCUGUUCGCUCCAACCUCUACCCCAGCUACUUCCACAGCUUCGGGAUGACUGCAAACUACAUCAUAUUUGUCGAACAGGCGUUCAAACUGGACGUAAUCCGACUGGCCACAGCUUACUUCAGAGGAGAAACUUGGGGCAGGUGCCUCAAAUAUGACAAAGAUGAUGUUACGCUGUUCCACCUGAUUGACAGAAAGACUGGGAAGGCUGUGGACACCAAGUUCUAUGGGGACGCUUUUGUGGUUUUCCAUCAUAUCAACGCCUACGAGGAGAAAGGCCAUGUAGUGUUUGACCUGAUCACAUACAAAGACGGCAGUCUGUAUGACAUGUUCUACAUGGAAAACAUGAAGAAGGAGAUUCAGGAAGAAGGCGAGACUGUCCCUUCACCAGUCAGCCAGCGAUUUGUCAUCCCCAUAAAUGCUGACCUCAAGGAAGUUCCAGUCGGCACUAACCUUGUGAAGCUGGAGGACACAUCAGCCACAGCUGUGCUGCAGAAGGAUGGCUCCCUGUUCCUCACCCCGGACUCAUUGUUUGAGGGUUUGGAGUUACCUGGGAUCAACUACAAAUACAACACGAAAAAGCACAGAUACUUCUACGGCUCUAGGAUGGACUGGUCACCAAAGAUAACUAAGGUCACUAAAGUGGACACUGUUACCAGGACAUACAUGGAAUGGACAGAAAAGGAUUGCUACCCAUCUGAACCGGUGUUUGUGGCGUCUCCGGAUGCUGUGGAUGAGGAUGAUGGUGUUAUUCUCUCAUCUGUUGUCUCUCUCAGUCCCAAGAAACCCCCAUUCAUGUUGGUUCUGGAUGCGAAGACCUUUAAAGAGAUCGCUCGUGCCUCCAUUAAUGCCUCCGUACACCUGGACCUGCACGGGCUGUUCAUCCGCGAGAAGUCUUAACUGGAACGGCCCCGUGAACCAACCAGCAUUCUAAAAGACUUGUGUAGUGCUCAUUUACUCAGAGCAACUUGGUUUGUGGCCCUGUGUUAUUGGUGACUGCACAAAGGCACACUGUCACAAAUAAGUAGUUAGUUACACUAAAGCUACUUUUCAAGAUCGAGAUCAAAAUCAAGGACAACUUUUUGUUAUUCCAACCAUAUACAAGUAUAAGGUGGAACACAGGGCCUUCAGGGCCACAAUGCAAUGUACAGUACAAGGCCAUUCAAUACAAGUGACCGAGACAUGAACUACAUAUAGUGCAAUUAAACAAGACUCUGCAGGGAAAUACACUGUAUUACAAUACAAUACAAAAGUACAAAACGGUGCAAAACUAGUCUUAAAGAAAUGGUUUGGCGGAAAAAACAAUUUACAUAAAUCUUCAUUUACCCCAGAUGAACUCAGUCAGCCAAGACAUGUUGAAACUGAGAAAUUGUGUUUCAAAAUGUUGCGACAGGGGCAACAAAAGACUGGUGAAUUUGUGUAAUUCAAAAAAACUUUUAGAAGUGAAGAUGAGGAGGGGUUCACCACUCUGUGAAAUUCUGUGCACGCAGAUAGUACAACAAUUCAAAGAAUAACGUUUCUCAACAUAAAAUAACAAAGAACUUUGGAUUUCAUCAUCUACGGUACAUUAUAUCUAUAUAAAAUUCUGAGAAUUCAGAGAAAUCUCUAUAUGCAUGAGAAAAGGCCAAAAAAAAACCAAUAUUGGUUGGCUGUGAUCUUUUGCGUUAAAAACAGACAGGACUCUGUAGUUGAAAUCACGGCAUGGGCUCAGGAACACGUCUGAAAAAUCAUUGUCUGUGGACACAGUUCGUUGCUGUGUCCACAGAUGCAAGUUAAAACUCUACCAUGCAAAAAAGAGACCAUAUAUAAAUGCCAUAUAAAAGGGAUCUAGAAAUGCCGCCACCUUCUUUGGGCCCAAGCUUAUUUAAGAUAGACUGAGGUGAAGUGGAAAAAUGUCCUGGGGCCUGAUGAAUCAAACAUUUUAAAUUCUUUUUGGAAAUCAUGGAUGCUGCAUCCUCUGGGCUAAAGAGGACAGAAAACAUCCAGCUUGUUAUCAGCGCACAGUUCAAAAGCCAGCAUCCAUGAUGGUACUUGGGGGAUUAGUGCACAUGGCAUGGAUGACUUGCACAUCUGUGAAGGCACCAAUAAUGCUGAACUUUUGGAGCGACAUACACUGCCAUCCAGACAACGUCAUUUUCAGGAAAGACCUUGCAUAUUUCUGCAAGACAAUGCCAAACCACUGUGUAGGCCAAACUGCUGUGUAGGCUAAACUGGCCUGCUUGCAAUCCAGACCUGCAACCCCUUGAAAACAUUUUGCACAAUAUGAAAUGGAAAAAGCGCCAAAGGAGACAUUGUUGUUAAAAGAAGAGGUGAUGCAACACAGUGGUGAACAGGUGCCUGUCCCAACGUUUUGGAAAGAUAACAAAUUCAAAAUGGGCAAAAUGAGCACUGGUCAGAAAACUAUAACAUUUCUCAGUAUCAACAUUUGAUGUGUUGUCUUUGUGCUAUUUUGAAUUAGAUAUAGGGUUUAAAUCAUUUGCACACCAUUGCAUUCCGUUUUUUUCCCCCCACAUUUUGCACAGCGUGCCAAUUUUUUGGGAUACAGGGUUUUGUCUGGUUAUUUAUAGAAACAGCAGAAAUCCCUAAAGUACUCUAGCAUUCUUUUGUCCAUGUGACAUGCAUGCAUGUGAAGGGUGGGAGUCAAAAUUUGGCACAACACAUCUUGGCUAAAAACGGCUGCCUGCUGCGUUUAGCUACAUGGUGAGGUUUUGUUCAUUUUUAUAGAUCACAGUAAGUCAUACUGUGUCCUAAACCACAUGGACUAGUCCUAAAAGGGUUUGAGCGAUUUUGGGGAUGUAUUUAUGAAAAGAUUUGACUAUUGACUAAACUUAAGAAGCACAAUUUGGAAUUGUGUAAAUUAGAUUUUUUGCCAAACCGUUCUGUUAAAGCCCAACAAUAAAUGAUUAUUUAUUAUAGGACAUAUCGUCUUGUUCUACAAUAAAUAUACCAGACGAAAUGACAGACAGUAAAACAUAGUAUAGUACAGUAUAAGAAUGAGUAUGACACAACAAAGUAUAGACUGAUGAGCCAAAACAUUGUAACCCCCUGCCUAAUAUGCUGUUGGUCCUCUAUGUGCCACCAAAGCAGCUCCGAAUUACCAAGGCGUGGACUCUACAAGUUGCGAGGUGGAGCCGUUGUUGUUCAGACUGGUUGUUCUACCACAUCCCAGUGAUACAGAUUGAGAUCUGGAGAAUUUGAAGACCAGUGCAGCACCUUGAACUCUUCCUUAAACCAUUCCGAACAAUGUUUGUGCUGUGGCAGGGCACAUUAUCUUGCUGACACUGCCCAUUGCAGGCAUUUUCCAUGGCGGACAGUGAUUAGCAUGGGCACUGUGACCAGUCUGUGUGUUGUGACAAACUCCUCUCAUAACUGUCAUUAAAAAUUUCUGAGACUUGUGCCACA